UUCCGCGCGGAGCAGACAGCAGGAGCACAGGCAGUCGGGUCUUUGAAGACACCUAUUGAGUCAUUCCCAGGGGAGCCAAGGACUGAAACCAACAGGGAGGGAUGCCUUACAUGUUCAUCAGCACGCAGAUCCGCCUGGAGACCGGCCCAACGAAUGUAGGAGACGAAUUUUCUGAUCCAGCCGUCAUGAGUUACCUGGGUGCGAGAAAAACAACCAUGCUGGGAAACAAUUUUUCUGAAUACCAUGUGGACGACCCACCUCGCCUGGUGCUGGACAAGCUGGAGAAGAUUGGCUUCCGCGUGCUGUCGAUGACGGGAGUGGGACAGACGCUGGUGUGGUGUCUCCACAGAGAGACAGAGUGAUUUGUCAUUACGUAGCCUUAGAAAAGGACUGAUGAAUUUAGCAGGGGAAAAAAAAAAAGAAUAAAACCAGUUUUUUGUAUUGCUUACCUGCUUUACGUCAUGACCUAUUUACCACCACAGACAAGAGAAAGCAACUUUAAAGCUGAGAUCAUUCUUUGCCUAAGGUUUCUGACUGAAGAGUUUGCCAGAAAUAAGGUAUAAUGGAAGCACAUUCCAGAGAUUUAAUUGCACCAUUUGCUAUUCAUGUUUUUUACUGCAGGUGUGUCAAAGGUUAUUUGAUUUUUGUCUGUUCUUGUUACUUCAUGUAAACAAACUCUCAAACGAAAGAACUGUGGUUGUUGUAUUUGUGGUCAAAGAUCUUUGUAAAGUAAACUCGGAUUGUGCUUAUAAAUAAAUAAUGUGAAGAUCUGA